AUGGCAACUGAAGCAGCAGCUCGUACUUUCUUCUCCUCACCUUAUUUCGCCGUCUCUUCACCUGGUACACCACCCACGGACUCCCCGCAACCCCCAUCAACCCCUCCUCCACCACCAUAA